GCCGUGAGCAGAUGGUACAGUCCACAUGCAGUUCGGAGUUGUUGCUGAGGAGCUUCCACUGUUCGGCACAUACCGUUAAAUUGGCAUGCAUCCUACACCUCGGUCCUGGAGCAGCAGACUGCACUGCUUUUGAAAAUGUUACCGUCUUCUCACCGGAGUUACCUCGGACAGCAGAGCAAGGUCGCAUUGUUUCACCUUUUGUGCAGUAUUACAGGUGUGUGGUGCAGUCAGGUGGUGGUGCCCCAGAGGGUGAGUGCUGUACUGGGGAAGAAUGUGACAUUAGAGUGCAGGGUGGAGGUUGGCACAAACCUUACUCUUACUCAGAGUUCCUGGGAGCGCCGUCUGCCUUCAGGAUCCGUCACAGUGGCCGUCUACAACCCAGAGUUUGGCACCUCCAUCCCUCCGGAGUUUAUCAAUCGCUUGUAUUUUCGCUCGCCCUCCUCUCAUGACGCCACUAUCGUGCUGGAAAACGUGGGCUUUUCUGACGUCGGGAUCUAUACCUGUAAAGUAGCUACAUUUCCUCUGGGAAACACUCAGGCCUCCACCACGGUCAAUGUGCUCGUGGAGCCAAAGGUCUAUGUGUCUGCUGGUUCAACUGCCCUGAUCGAUGGUGGCAAUGAAACCGUGGUGGCCACCUGUAUAGCUGAGCGAGCUCGGCCCCCUGCUGAGGUGUCCUGGGAGUCCAACCUUUUUGGCCAGUCAGAAGUGCAGCUAUUUGACGACGUCAACGGCACGACCAGCACACAAGUGCGCUACAUCUGGCAUCCCACACGCCACGUCCAGGGCCACACACUCACUUGCGUGGUCCGCCACCCGGCUCUGCAGAGUGACUUCAGGAUCCCCUACCAGCUCAAUGUGCAGUUUGCUCCUGAUAUUUCAGUUGUGGGGUAUGAUGGAGACUGGUAUGUGGGACGUGAGAAUGUUCAAAUGACGUGCAAAGCCAAUGCAAACCCACCGGCUCAUCACUUCAGAUGGAUCAGAUUGGACAGCGAGAUGCCAGAAGGGGUGGAAAUAAUAAACAGCACUUUGCUCUUCCUGCGUCCGCUUCAUCGGAAUGACUCUGGAGUUUACAGGUGUGAGGUUGCCAAUGACAUCAACCUCCGCAGUCGGGAUGUGCGCAUUCUCAUACAAGAUCCUCCCACCAUGCCUUCCACCAUUACCGCUCCUGUCCUAACUGGCUCUUCCCCCUCCACCUUUGUGGAUGAUAAAGGCCUUGUCCUUCUGAGCUCCCCCACACUUGAAGCCCUACCUGAAAGUAAUCUUGGUUCCAUAGUGGGUGGGGCCGUGGGAGGGGCCUUGUUCCUGCUACUGCUGUUGUCUCUGGUUGGCGUCUGUUACCUACGGAAACAGCAAACGUUUCAUGGGAACUACUACACCAAGGAGUACCUGGGCCCCAGUGAUCUUCAAAAGGCCCCCACGCAGCAUGAACUCCAUCCUACCAAAGCUGGCAGCAGCUUUAACCAUCGGGACCACGACCGAGAGGAGUGGGGCGACCGCCAGCUCAAACAAGAGCGUGACCGCCGUCACCAUGGCAACUAUAACGGAGAGGAGUAUCCUGUUAAUGGCUACACUAGGGCAAUGAGGGAGAGCAAUCGCCACAACCAUCAGCAGAAUCACCAUCACGAACACGCACAAUAUUCUACUCCACAGCAAGCCCGAUGUGCCAGAUACCCUCAUUCACCCAAACUACGGGGAAACGGCUCCCCCUACCUGUCAGAUGACUGCUACGAUAGCGGUCCCGAGGGUGAUUAUGUGUCACACACCGAUGGCUCAGUCAUUUCACGUAGGGAGUGGUAUGUUUGACAAGCUACCUGGCUCUGCAGGAACAAAAAUGUAAAGGUUUUGUUAAUUAAGUUUGGAAGAAACACCUUACUUCUGUACGCACAUACACGUCUACUAAUCUCUAUUCUCUAGUUCCCUUGUUUGUUUUUUUCAAGUGUCCUGGUUGACACUUGAGAUAUAAUAUUUCUGUUUUUGAUGUGGACAGACUAUGGACUGUACAGCCAGUUUGACAGUCAACAUCCAUGUCUACAGAAUUGGGCAUGCCACUACUUUGUGUGUGUAGAGACUAACAAAAGAUGUAAUGUAUGUGUUGUCUCUGCCUUACUACAUGGACUGCCACAGUUUAGUUAGCAUUACUAAUUUCUUUUGAGUGGAAGCCCUGGGGGCUUUAAGACCACACGUGGUUUAUAUAGAAGAACGUUUUUUUUUCAUUUGUUUCUACAAAAUCUGAAUUUUUGGUGACAUUAGCUUAUUUGUAUUUGUAUGUGUUGAUACUUCUCACACACAUGAGUUUAAAAGACCUCUGACCUCUCAGUGUGAUUAGCUGAUAUUCAAGAAUGGUACUGAAUUCACGACUGGAGGUAAAUCCAUGAACUUUAAAUGGUCCUUUUCCCAAAACUCAGUAAGACACAGCGGAGCCAUAGCAGAGAAAUUUAUCUAAAAGAGAAUUUAUCCCCCUGACAAAUCUGGUCCCUUCUUGACUGAUGACCACGCCACACUGAUGGUCAUAAAAUAUAUUGCAAUGUCUUUUGCAGAACUUUGAUAGAAACUAAAUGAUUAGAGCAUUUGUUUUCUCUACGCUUAUGUAAAUCACAAUGGAAGAAUUGUGAGCUUGAGGACUUGACCACUGAAUGUCCUGGCGAUGUGUGAACCUUAAGAGCAUUUCACCUGCAUUUUCUCAGCUUGUUUUAUAUCCCCAAAAGGGAGUUAUGACGAGAGAACAAGCAGGAGGCCUGCAUAACGGUCCACCUAUACGCUGUAACAACAAACCUGGUUUGUCGUACAGGUCAAGCCUUAGUAUGCAAAACUGCCACAAAAUUGUCCAAGUUGAUAUAAGGGGAAAUAAUAAUAUUUUUUUCAGUAUAACCUUGUUAGCAUUUGUGUGAUUUGCUGAUUUAUGGGAAGUGUUUCAGUUUGGCGAUCCUUCUCAGUUAGCCACAUAUUUACACAUUAUGAUGUUGUCCGUCCGAUGAUAAUGAAUCUGUUUGAGAAUUUGAACCUUGGCACCAAACCAGAGCUCUUGGGAAUUCAGGAGUGCUUUCAGCAGGGGCUUUGUUCAAAGCAGGCUACUGUAUGGCAGCCACUGUACGCUGGCCUCCUAGUCACAAAGUAUUUAGUUGCACAAAGAAAUCAUUCAAGAAUGCUGCCAGUACACUCUACCACACUCAGCCACUGAUGGUCUAAUUUCAACAGUCUAAGUAAUCUGUAGAAACAAGACUUGACUGUGUCACGGUUGAGGCAUUAAUAGACUUACUGUUCCUUAUCCAUCAAUGGAGUUUGCAACUGCAUGCUUUCACAUUCCCUAGUUCUUUUACAUUGUAACAUUUAUUAGUACUAACACAAUAAGAUAUACAUUAUGUAGACAAAUCCGUUUAUCGUGAUGGACGUGUUAUCACCGCACUUUUGACUCGGCUUCUCAUCCACAGCACAGGGAAGAGACAGACAGUAUUUUGUUGCACUCAUUAAGUCAAGUAGCUAUAAAAUAAUACACCAUUCCUUUUUAAUUUUUCUUAAAUUCAGGCUGGAUUUAUAAUUAAAUCGUAACCAGUCACAUUUUAUUGCCAAUCAGGACUCUCAAAUGUUGCAGGACAAACCAAGUACUGUGAGUGAACUGAGGACAAAGUGUUUUAUAUGUCGGUGUCAUUGGGCGGUGGAGCCCCAGUAGUUCAGGAAUCUAACAUAGACAAAGCUAUUAUGGAUUCAAAGACAAAGAUCAGUUUUUGUAUACAGGUAAAGUCUGAGUUGUUUUGGCACAUGUACCUGUAUACCAGACUGCAGGGAGGAGAUCCAACAAUUUCUUUCAUGUCCACUAGUUGUGAAUACAUGCCAACUUUAGUAGUAUGGUCACCUAUACAAUAUUUGCUGCCAGAUGCCAAAUAUUUGUUGAAACUUGUAUGUAUAAAUAUGAUGAUGGCAGCGUCUCACAUAAGUAUUACUGACUAGAUAACAACUGAACCUUAGCUUAUAUUAAUGAUUAACGUAUCACUGUUGUAUACAGGGUCUUGUAGCCUGAAAUAGAAAUGAAAAAAUGCAUUAAUAUUACAGUAACAGUUGACAAAUUGGGAAUUAGUUGUUAUGUUGUUAUGAACCCUCACUAAUUAUUUGUCAGGGUGUGAAUUUUGUGCAGUGAAUAGGCCACAGUUGUCAUCAUGAGAUUUGAUAAUGAGCCACGAGAAUAUGACCCCUAACGGCAAUUUAUGUUGUUUCGAAUGCUGUGCAGUACAGUAGAAGUAAUUUAUCUCCAUAGACAAAAGGUGCACAUCUCAAUAACCACCUGAAUGUUUGUUACUGAAACAAUUCAUCUUCUUGCUUGUCAAAACAGAACAUUUUCCUCUAGUGUAACCAUUUUCCAUCUCUGAGAGUUUUACUGUCAACACUAUCAUAGAGGUGAAAAAGAGUUUUAUUUGUGGUGCUGAAAGCAUUGAAAUAUUUAACACCUUUUAUAAAAUCCGAAACAUGCUAUCAAAAGUUUUCAUUUGCACCAUUUCUUUGGUAGGACAUAGUUUAAAUGAAAAGCAUUUACAGUGUGGAUUAUGUAAAGCACCAAGGACGCUAUUUCUGCAAAGAUAUUUUGCUGUUAAAUUUCAUCACUGGCUUUCAGUGUCACAAGCAUCACAAACAAUAUUCCAUCCACCUCUGUUGUAUUGAGGUGGAGGUACCGACGGGCAUCUCAAAACCUGGGCAAACACGUCCGACCUACCUGGGUGUUGAAGUGAGAAUAUGUAUGUUUGUUAUUUGGGUGAAAUAACCCUUUAAAGGGAGUGUUCAAAUUUAAUGUACAGCUGGCAGUUAGUUAGCCACAUAGCCUCAUUUAGAGUGAUUAAUUAAAAGUAUUGUUUUCGGGUUUGGUGUGCUGCUGACACCUAUUCAUUCUGCCUUUCUGCUCACUUUCAUGCAAAUGCAGAAAACAAGAGGAUCCACGGCAGGCUGAACCCUUGUGUUUGCUUCUAUGCACUAAGAAGGAAAUUCCUCUAAUCGAUACAUUAUUUUUGCUUGGCUCGUCUGUUUGGAGCCCUGCACGUGGAUUAAUGAAAUUCUUUUGUACUGUGACAUUUUGUAUAGAAAUCGGUUAUCAAUAUCCCCCACCUUGAGAAAAGUCCUUGAUUUUGGGUUGAGAAAUACGACUAGUGCCUUAGAUACCUAGAAGAAGUAAUGUCUUAUUGUUUACUUUUGGAACCAGUUUUGUUGCUCUGUGAGGUUCAUUUGUUGCGUCUUUGUUUUGAUUUUCACUGCAUAUUGUGUGUUAGGAGGAAUUCGUAGUGCCAUAUUCACUUUUCUGCCCUCGUCACUUGACCGUAAAUGACGCAGUAUAUUUGCAAACCUAGAGGCAUUAAAAAAUACACACAAAAAGACAAAGCUUGAAUGACUUUGGAUGUAAAAUUAGUUACUUCUCUACUUCACAGGUACCUGUCAGGGGUUUUGGUUUCUAUAGAGUCACUGGUGUUCAAAGGACCGAAGAAUUAGCUUCGGUCUCACAUUGUCACUGAAAAGCACCUUGUGGUUAUGUUUGUUUUUGUAUAUACAGGAGAAAAUGUAAGUUUCUGGAAGAAAAAAAAUAUUUAUGUCAGUGACAGCAGUGGAGCAUUUUUCUGUCAAACCUUUUUGAAAUACUUAAGUUCAAUAAAGCACCUUAGCACCUGUGA